AUGGAACCUGGCACCGUCGUCGACAAUUACCUGCACCUGACCGCCACCGCUGUCAAUGCGAUGUCGCUACUGAUCCAGCCUGGAUCCGGCGCUAUCUCAGGAAAAAGCUAUACAUUUUCCAUGGAUUUCCGCCAAAACGCGGGUACCGAUACCUGCUCUGUGGAGGUUCAUAUCGGCGGCGACCUUGUCGACACUAGCAGCCACACCGCGAGUGAUUCAUGGGUCACUAUCUCUAAGCCAUGGACUGCUUCUGGUCCAUCUUCUGAUGUCUUCCUCGUCAUCGACUGCGACGGCCAAAAGGAUGUUGGCUCUACCGUGGAUGUGACCAACAUUUCGCUGGUAGAGAGCUGCGGCACUUCUUCAUUGUCAAGUGUCUCUGCGCCCAUCAGGACUCCAUCCAUUCCUCCUGUCUCCAGCACACCGGUUGCUUCGGCGUCGCCAUCUGCUGAGCCCAGCUCCCAGGUGUCUUCUGGUGUGGUAUCAUCCAGUGCUGGAACUUUCCCUUCUAGUUCUCCCAGUCAGCCCGGCUCUCAUGGAUCUUCCAGUGCUUCGAUUACUCCCUCUGGAAACCCUGGAUCCCACGCAUCUUCCAGUGCCCCGGCUUUCCCAUCUGGCCCUGUAACCACACCUGACUCUCACGCAUCCUCCAGUGCCUCUGCUACCCCCUCCGGCCAGCCAAGCUCCCACGGAUCUUCCAGUGCAUUUGCUCCUUCUUCUAUCCCUACUUCUGAGUCUGGCUCUCACGAAUCAUCCAGUUCUGGAACUGUUCCUUCUAGUUCUCCCAGUCAGCCCGGCUCUCAUGGAUCUUCCAGUGCUUCGAUCACUCCCUCUGGCCAUCCUGGAUCCCAUGCAUCCUCCAGCGUCUCUGCUACUCCUUCCGGCCAGCCAGAUUCUCAUGGGUCUUCCAGCGUCUCCCCCGCUUCCUCAAGCCUUGCAACCAUCCAAACUAGCUCCCAGGGCUCAUCUAGCAUUACCAGCACCAGCUUGGUGUCCACAUCGUUCCCUGGGUCCGCCUCUUCGACUCCCGUCUCACCGGCCUCGAGCUCUAGCCCUGUGAGCCCUCCCACCAUUACAAUCACAGCUACCGAAUCAGCAAGCCCAGUAUCUAGUGGAACUAGCCACCCCUCCAGCGCCGCUCAAUCCUCUGAUGCUGCUACCAGUAUUCCAGGAAACUCCUCGGAUGGCCAAAAUGAGGAGACCACUUCUGCAGCACCGGCAUCCCAGACCACUGUUGCUUCGUCGCCUGUCAUCUCCUCUCCAGUGGGGACUACUACACAAAUGACCACCUCUACUGUUUUCACUACUCGCACUGCGACAAUCACCGCUUGCCCCUCCACCGUCACCAACUGUCCUGCCACUGAGAAAACCACUUACAUCACUACUGAAACCAUUGUCGUUUCGACUACUGUUUGCCCAGUCGCUGAUUCGACUACAACCGUUGAAGGCUCACACCCCACUGGGUCAGCAGGUACUGGUAGCGACUCGGACUCUGGAUCUGGAUCGGGCUCCGACAGCAGUGGCAGCAACAGUGGUACUGGCUCUGGCUCUGACUCUGACUACACAGUCUCAACGAUCUACUCCACCCGCACAGUUACCUUGACUGAGUGCCCGGCAACAGUGACCGACUGCCCAGCCCGUGACAAGACGACGCAUGUUGCAACUGAGACUGUCGUUGCCGGAACCACCAUCAUCCCCAUCAAACCUGUGACUGCAACUACUACCACCGCUGGCGCAGUUCACAACUCUCCCGUGCCUGUUCAGACUACGACUGUCGUUGUCGGAACCGAGACCAGAACCUCUACUAUCUUCUCUGCAGUUACGGUCAUUGGUACCUCCGUCAUUGAAUCUGGUGCUGCUGAGACUGGCGUUUCUCACAUCGGUGGAAACACUGAUUAUUCUCAUAAUGGCAAUGGAUCUGAUGUUUCGGCAGGUCAAGGCGAAGGCUCGAUUGGUUCUGAGUCUGAGUCUGGCUCUGACUCGACCGACUCUGACUCUGUUGGCGCUGUUGGCUCUGAUACCGCCCCAUCCAACAACGGUGCUGCCAGCUACUCCAACCUACCAGGAAUUACACGCAUCAGCUCAGCUGCACCAAGCCUCACCCGGGCCGCCUCUUCCACUGCGCAGAUCUCAUCCAUCAUCCCUAGCCCAUCUGCUGGUAGCGAGACCAGCGCUACUACCAUCGUUGGUUCGGUUGGUACUGGUACUGGUACCCAAACUACCGAAAGCACAGCCAGCGUGUCACCCAUUUUCAACGGUGCUUCAUCUCGAACAGUGUCUGGCACUGUUUCGGCUCUCGGAGCCAUCGCUGCUCUGGCACUCUUUCUUUAA